AUGGAACGGCCCUCGAACUUCGGCCUUCGAGCCUCGAGGAGCGCUCGUUUCUGCCACCCGUGGGCGGCGGGGGACGUGCCGAUGGCGGCGGCGGCCUGCCGCGCUCAGUUCCAUGUGGCGGCGGCGGCGCAUCUGGCGCAGCUGCAGCUCGCGCUGUCCGAGGAGCACGAGAGGCUAGCCGCGCAACGCGAGGAGGCGCGCGAGCGGCAGCUGCAAGGCGUGAUCGCCGUUCUGCGCAAGGAGGUCGAGGAGCUGCGCCGCUGCGGCGGCGCCGCGCGCUCCGCGGAGGCCAGCGGAGCCGCCGUGCCCGGCCGCGUGCCCGACGACGCAGAGGCACCAGAGCCGGUGUGCGCGCCAGAGCCAGCCCACUGGGCCAGCGGAGCCCCCGCGCCAGGCGGUACACCCGCCGGCGUUGAAGCGCUGGAGCUGGCGCCCGCGGCGGAGGCGCCAGCGGUUGCGUGGCCCGCGCGCCCGGUCGAGGCACCCCGCCAAGCCAGCGCGGAGGCUGCCGCGCCAAGCGGCGCGCCCAGCGCCGCGGCGGAGGCCCCCGCGCCGGCGCCCGCGGCCAGCGCCUUCGCGGCCGCGGAGGCGGCGGCGCACGCGGCAGAGGCAACUUUGUGUGCCACGGGAGCGAUUGCACCUUUGCGGGCGGCCGAAGCGGUGGUCGCAGCCGCAGAGGCGCCGGCGGUGGCUGCGGAUGCCGCAGGGCCCUCGGAGGCGGAAGAGGCGGCGGAGGUCACAGAGGCGUCGGAGAUUGCUGAGGCCGUGGGGCCCCCAGAUGCGGCGGACGCUCCCAGGGCGGCGGGGACGGCG